AUGGCAGACGAACUGGAUUACCUUCAUCCGGACUUUGACCUCAAUUCUCUUACUGUCCCUCGCCUCCGCUCAAUUCUCGUCAAUCACGAUAUUCCAUACCCUGCAUCGGCCAAGAAAUCUCAGUUGAUCGGUAUCCUUCAGGAUGAAGUGCUUCCACAGGCGCGAAAGCUCUUGCGUGACCGCGAGAGAGUACGACGAACAAGUGCAGGAAUCACAGAUAUGGGCAGCCGAUCGAAUUCGGUCGCGAGCGACAUAGAUGAAAGGGACUCGAUGCCUCCGCCACCCACGCCUUCGACCGUCGGCUCCACAAGCAGAGGACAGCGAGGUACAUCGCGACGUAGUACGCGUCAUUCGACCGCAGAUACCGAGGAUGGCCAUGCGCCUGCCACACCAGCGCGGGCUCCCAAACGUACGAGCGUGGCUCGAUCGGUGGGCAAGCAUGUCCGCACUUCCGAUACAGAAACCGGUGACGAUGGACUUUCCACUCCGGUGGCUGCAACGCGUCCUACUCCACGUCAAUCCACAGCCAAGAAGUUGCGUCGCAGUGAAGUUCUGCCUUCAACGGAGACGGAGGAUUCCACGCCUGGUAUUAAGUUAGAGCCACGCGAUGACGGCAUGUUUACGGACGAUAACCCUUUCCAAAGCGGAAGCCCGGACGUUUCGAAGAGUGCAAGGAAGAGCCUCGACUCUAAGCGCAAGAGUGGUUCGCGCUUCUCUACUGAGAGCCCAGCUCGAGGUCGCCCACUCAGAUCACGACUAUCAGCGACACCAUCGAGUCUCUACCAGGAUGAUGGUUAUCAGGCCCCGCGGCGUGAGUCUUUUGAUUUCGCCUCUCGCCUCCUGCCAACACAGGAAGAGCCCGAGGAGUCUGAGGAGUCCGAAGAGGACGACGAAAGUGAAGUGGGCGCAGGUGAAGAAUUUACCCCAGAGGAACAACUCGCUAUGUCCAUGGAACAAGAUCAAUACCCAACACAUGUUCAAAGACGGCAGCCCCAGAGACAAGGAGCUCUCAGUCGCUUGGCACCCUGGGUAGUGAUUCUGUCGCUUGCCGGCAGUUUUGGAACUUGGUGGCGCAAGGAAAAGCUUGAGAUUGGAUACUGCGGUCUGGGCAAGCCCACUUGGUCUCUGGCUGACACCAAGGUUCCUGCUUGGGCCAACGUCCUGGAGCCUCGAUGUGAGCCGUGCCCAAGCCACGCUUUCUGCUACCCUGACUUCGAAGUGCGCUGCGAAAAUGAUUUCCUGUUGAAACCACACCCCCUCGCUCUUGGUGGGCUGGUCCCUUUGCCUCCUACCUGUGAGCCUGACAGUGAAAAGGCGCGUCGCGUCAAGGCAGUCGCAGACAAGGCCGUCGAAGAGCUUCGCGAACGUCGUGCGAAGUGGGAAUGUGGACAGUUGAAAGAAGACGGCAAGGAUGUCCGCUCUCCCGAUAUCAGCGAGCCUGACCUCAGAGAAGAGGUCGCAAGAAAGCGCCGCAGGGGUUUGAGUGACAGUGAGUUUGAAGACCUUUGGAAGGGCGCAAUUGGGGAGGUGAUUGGCAAGGAUGAAGUUGUCAGCAAGACCGAGCAAGCUUCCGGCCUCGUCGUCUUAUCAUCUACCUCAAUCGCAAGGCUCCCCCUCACAUGCGCCAUCCGCCGUCACUUCCGACUCGCUCUCGUCGCGUAUCGACUCCCUAUUCUCCUUCUAAUCGUGGCUCUUGGUCUUCUUGGGUAUGCCCGCGCGCGGGUUCUUGCCCGUCGCUCUGACAUUGCCCGCGUCCCGGAGCUAGUAGCCACAACUCUCGACCGUCUGUCUACCCAAGCUGCACUCUAUGCCCGCGGAGACGCCAAAGAACCCUACAUCUCCAUAGGACAGCUGCGUGACGAUGUCCUUCGCUUUGAGCUUCAAGGCAAGCGUCGCGAGGAGCUCUGGCGCCGUGUUUCCCGCUUCGUCGAGGGCAAUGCGAACGUGCGUGCAGCUGUUCGUGAAGGGCGAAGCGGUGACGUUUCUCGCGUCUGGGAGUGGAUUGGUGGAAUCAACGCCAUCAGCGAGCCUGACACUCGACGCCGUGAGAGUGCGCGAUUCUCUAUUCCAUCCCCGUCCGGCAAUGCCCCCACGAGCCCACAGACUCCCAUAGACGAGGGCAACGCCGAGCCGCUGUCAAGUCCACGGGAGAACCGUCGAUGGGACGAGGGCCGUCCCAUCUAUUAA